AUGACAUGCAGCUUUUCCUACAGUGCGAUAGGGCAGACGGUCUCUCCCUCUUUGACCUCACCUCUGGCUCCUCUCCUGCCCCUUCUGCUGGAUGCUGACCCCACUGUUCGCUCCCAGUGGGCCACGCGCGAUGCUGCUGCACGUCUUGCUCGGGAGACGCCGCUCUGGUCAAGGGCAAGGGGGGGCAAGGGCGCGGGUGGAGCUAGCGGGGGUGGGGAGGUGGCGGUGGAGGCGGCGGAGGGAGUGGGGGUGGCGGUGGGAGUGGUGGCGGGGGUGGAGGUGGCGGUGGCAGCAGUGGAGGCGGAGGCGGCGGCGGCGGUAGCGGUGGGAGCGGAGGCGGCGGUGGUGGCGGAGGUGGAGGCGUUGGUGGUGGAGGAGGUGGAGCUGGUCGGGGUGGUGCUUCGCAGCGGAGCGGCUCCGGUGGUGCGUCAGCUUGGUGGGGGUUUUGGCCCGUGCACCUACGUCCUUCGCUCCGGCGACCGCGCGGGUGAGCAGUCUGGGGGUGCCCACCCCACCCAGCGCUGCUUUGGCCGCCUUACGGACGCUUGGCGUCAGCAGUUCCCGGAGGCUAGUGAGAUCCCCCGCUGGGGAGAGCUGUCUAGGGCAGGCGUAGCUAUCUAUGAUCUUGACUUUGAUGCUAUCCUUGCUGCCAUGUAUGCUGCGACUAUUAGUGAUGAGGGUGACUGUUACCGGUGUUUCCCGCCCGACCCGGGCAUUGCUACUGCUGCUCUAGGUGCUGGUGAGGCUGCUGCUCUAGGUGCCAGUGCGUCUGCGCCCUCAGGUGCUGGUGAGUCUGCGCUCUCAGACCCCUCUGGGGGUCCUGUCCUCUCUCGCUUCUCCACUGUCCUCUUGUGUCCGACUGCCCCCUCUGGCACCUUGUCUGGUCUUUACCUCCCCUCGUUCUCUACGAACUUGGUGAGUGGUGCUGACCUGCAGGAUACGGGGGUUCACCAGUUUACUCCUGCGAGUCAGCGGGUGACCCACUGCUUCGACGCUCGCACAGGCCGGCACCUGGCCACGUUUACGCGUCGGCCGGGGUCGAGCCUCUACAGCCUGACCACUGGGUCUCCUCCUGUCCCUGCGUCUAGCCAGGUAGCUGCAUCGGGUCAGGUGUUUGCUGCAGCGUCCAGGUCUGGUCUGAGUCUGCCCCCUGCUCGUGUCGCCUCCUGUCUCACGAGACUCUCAUGUGGCACCACCGUCUUGGUCACCCCUCCCUGCCUCGUCUCCGAGGCAUGGCUUCCCGUGCCCUUGUCUCUGGUCCCCCCCGGUCCCUCCUCCCCUCCUCCAGGGCCUGGUCCUUCCUGUGUUCCCUGUGUCGAGGGGCGGCUCCGGGCUGCCCCUCACUCCUCUCAGUUUCCCCCGACAGAGGCCCCGCUGCAGACGCUUCACAUGGACGUGUGGGGCCCCGCCCGCGUCCGUGGACAGGGGCACGAGCGCUACUUCCUGCUGGUGGUUGACGACAACUCGCGUUACACCUCAGUCUUCCCCUUGCGCAGCAAGGGUGAUGUCACUGAGGUGUUGAUCGACUGGAUCCGCGCAGCUCGUCUCCAGCUCAGGAGGAGCUUCGGCUCGGACUUUCCUGUUCUGCGUUUGCACUCUGACCGAGGCGGAGAGUUCUCCUCUGGCCUUCUGCGAGCCUACCUGCCUGUGCGCGAGGCAUCCGCCAGACCUUUACGCUUCCGGACUCUCCACAGCAAAAUGGGAUUGCUGAGCGCCGCAUUGGCAUGCUCUGCUGUGGACGGGGAAGGUAGGCGAUGCGUCCUGCGUUCCGUGUCUGGGAUCUCGGGCGUUUGUCCGCGACUUGUCUGCGGACAAAAUGUCCCCCGUGUUGCUCUUGAGUCUUCCUUGGCUUCCCCCCUGACGCCACCAGGGUGGCAGUUCUACCACCCCUCCUCUCGUCGUGUUCUGUCCUCCCAGGACGUCACGUUUGACGAGUCGGUCCCCUACUAUCGUCUCUUCCCCUACCGCACUCCUUCCCUCCCCCCGCCGCCCGCACUUCCUUGUGCCAGGUCCCCCCCAGGUAGACCCCCUCCCCCCUCAGGGUCCUGCCCCUUCAGGUGUGUCCUAGCCUGGGGGGUGCUGCGUCUGGAGCUGCUGAGCUUGGGGGUACUGAGUUUGGAGCCGCUGAGCCUGGGGGGUGCGGUGCACGCGGCCGCUGGACCUGCUCGUGUGGCGUCUGGCGGUGCUGGGCCUGGUGGUUCUCCGGGUGCUUCGUCUCGGCGGGAGCCACUCUCUCCACAGGAGCUGCGCGAGUGGUUUGCCCCGCGGCGCUGGAGGCGUAUUGCUGGAGCUGGUGCUUCUUCGGCUGCUGAGGGUGCUGGUGCCGCCGGUCUCGGAGGUGCUAGCCCUGGGAGUGCUGGAGCUGCUGGGCCUGCGAGUGCGACUGGAGUCGGAGCUGCUGAGGGUGUUGGCGCUGAGGCUACUGCUGUCAGUCCUAGCGGCGGUCCUGCUGCUGGUGCUGCUGGAGGUACUAGAGCUGGAGGUGCUGUUGGCGUUGGUGCUGCCACUAGGGGUGCUGGUUUUGUCCCUGCUGUGUCUGGAGUCGCCGCGCGGCCUCGGCCGUACUUUGUUCCGCUCCUUCAGCAGGUUUCUUGGUCUUCCUCCUCCCUUAGAGUGUCCACCGCCUGUCCAGUCACAGUCACAGUUACCGCCGCUCUCCCCACUGCCUGCUCCUUCUCCCUACACUGGUCCUACUGGAGGUCUUGCCUGAGCGUCGUGAGCCUGCGUCUCGUCCUGCGUCGCCGGUUCGUGCUGCUCGCGCUAGUGGUCGCGGUUCGCUGUCAGCGUCCUCCUCCUGUCCCUGGCACGCACCGGAUGUCUCUGCAUCCGUCCACUGCUCCUCUGCGUGCCCCUUUGCCUUCUCCUCCUGAGUCCUCUCUUCCUGCCCUUGCCGACCCGGAGUCGGACUCCCUUCGUGCUGCCAGUCCUACUGUCACGCGUCUCCUUGCUACUGUCGUCACUGACCCCUCUUUUGAGUCCACUGCUGCGUCUGCUCUUGUUGCUAAGCUCGUCGACUUUGCUGCUCGCUGUCGUCUAGACUAUGCUGCUAGUCUCGUUGCUCAGCAGGAGGAGUUCCAGUGUCUGGCUGCCGCUUCACCUCAUCUCGUGUCCGUACUGCUUACCCCUGAGGGAGACCCGGAUGCACUUGACAUCCCGACUCCGCGCUCCUACGCGGAGGCCGUAGAGGGUCCCUACUCCUCUCAGUGGCAGGCAGCUAUGGAUGCAGAGAUGGCUUCCUGGAAGUCCACAGGCACCUACGUUGACGCGGUUCCCCCACCUGGGGCUAACAUCGUCAGUGGCAUGUGGAUCUUCAGGGUGAAGCGGCCGCCGGGCUCUCCGCCUGUCUUCAAGGCGCGGUACGUGGCUCGUGGCUUCAGUCAGCGGCAGGGAGUUGACUACUUUCAGACCUUCUCUCCCACCCCGAAGAUGACCACUCUUCGGGUUACUGCUACACAUAGCCGCUCAGCGUGA